UCCCUCGGACACAGCGGAUCACUGACCCACGGAAAGAGCGGAAGAUGCUGGCUCGGUCAUGUGAUCAGCUGUGUCCAAUCACAGCUGAUCACAUGGGACAUGUACACUGAUCAUCAGGGCUCUGAUGAUCAGUGUGACCUGAUGAUCUGUGUAGCCCCAGCAGUGCCACCUGUCAGUGUCCAUCAGUGCCAGCUGUCAGUGCUCAAGAGUGCCAGUGCCCAUCAGUGCCACAUAUCAGUGCCUACCAGUGCACAUCAAUGCCACAUAUCAGUGCCCAUCUGAGCUGCCUUUCAGUGUCACCCAUCAGUGCCAGUCAGUGCCACCUAUCAAUGCCAAUCAGUGCCACCUGUCAGUGCCGCCUAUCAGUGCCAGCCAGUCAGUGCCACCUAACAGUG